CCGAGCGACUUUCCCUCGUCUUGUCGUCUUGUCAGCCAGCCGCCAUUCGCUUGCACCCUUGAUUUGGGAAAACCCUGAGGAACACGCUCCCCAGCGUCUGCAACCAAUUCUUCAACUUCCACAACGGGCAUUCCGCGAUUCUGUCUCAUCACGAAUCGCGCCCUGAUUCCAGGGACUGUCCAGUCAUCGAGGCCAACGACCAUCUUCGGUCGCUUCAUUCUGCUGGUUCAAACGCGGGAAUAUCGGCGCACGACGGUCGGCCAGCGCCAUGCGGUUUCACCUGUGGCUUCUGGCCACAGCGGGCCAUCUGGCCAUCGCCGACCAGCUGCUCGGCCAAGAACUCAAGGGACGAGGAGAAUUGAUAUGGCCCAGGGAGACGAGGGCGUCGACGCCCGACGGCGCAAAUGGAUGGACACCCAAGCCGACCGAGGCGCCAUUUGUUGCUGACGGGGAAGAUGCGCUGUACUUGGCGCGAAGGAGGGACGAAUGGCUCAGGAUAAAGCGAGCGACAACAUCAUCGACAUCAUCGAACACCUGGCUCGACAGCCGGACAUGCGGCUGGCGUACUGGAUCAGACUUGAUUCCUUUCACCUGCCCUCCUUCUGCCACUUGCGCGACAAACACGGACAACGUUGUGGCCUGCACUUCCUCCAAUGGCGAUUUUCCCUUCUUCACAGUAUGCUUAGACUACAACGCCUACCAAGCCGGUGCUUGCUCGGACAUCGGCUUGAAGACAGGCUGCUGCGAGACCUCGACUCUCGGCGCCUGCAUCACUUACCUUUGGGCCGGCACCUCGGCGAGGUCCAUGUACCGAUGCUAUACUUCGCAGACGAUCAUCACCAUGCUAGACGUGCCCGAAAUUGCCCAGACUACGAGCACUCCCUCGACCUCAUCCACGACAACCUCGUCGUCCUCGACCAGCACGACGGCCACCGCGCCCGCCCAAACAACGACUAGCGGUCCGGGUGCUGCAACCUCCGGAGGCAGCAACAACACAGGCGCCAUCGUCGGCGGCGUCGUCGGCGGUGUAGCCGGCGUCGCCCUCAUCGCGGGCGGUAUCGCGUACCUCAUAAUCCGCAACCGGAACAAGAACGCCAACGCGGGCUCCGGCACGGCCUACAGCGCCGUUGCCCCCGGCGACACGUCAUACCCCGGCGGCGGCCCGACUCCCUCGGCCAUGUCCCCGCAAAUGUCCCAGGCCGGCUACUUCUCGCCGGGCAGCGUCGGCACGACGCUGCGGGCCGACACCGUGACGCCCUACCUCGCCGGCGCCACCCCGAUGGGCCCCCCGGAGGCGGCGGCGGCGGCGGCGGCGUACGACCCGCACAGGUCGUACUACGACCCUUCCAAGCCCUCGGAGCAGCAACCUGGCUUCACGCCGCCGCCGGGUGGAUAUGCGCCGUACCCUGGCCAUGCCCCCGCGCACUACCCGCCGCCGCAGCAGGCGUCGGAGCUGGAUACCACGACCAUCCCGGCCGGCCACGAGGGCAACCCGGUCGAGAUGGCGGCCACUUCUCCGACGCAGCGAUGAGAUGCAGGUGGGGUCGGAAGGGAGCAACCAAGGUUGCGGUUUUAGACGGCAGGCACAUGGGUUUCCGUGUGUGGGGGACGCGACUAAUACCUCUUCUCAACUUUCAUUUCCUUGCUUUUUCUCUCUUGCUGCAGCAAGCGGUUUUUUUCCGUACAUGUACGGAGUACUUCUCGUCAUUUGGUUUGGCCAUCGAGCAACGACGUUUAUGUCAUGCGAUGCACCCAAGCUCUCCCAUGCGUCGUCGGGAGGUGCCAAAGCGGCCGUGGCUCGUGUUCCGCGGCCUCAUUUUCU